GUGGCCACCAGUAUGCUUGAGACAUGUAUAAAUACCCGGCAUACCAUCAAGAUCACCAUCAACGAGCACUCCUUCAAAAAACACAAUGGGAUCAUCCACAAUUGUCGCCCUCGUCUGCCUAGCGGCCGUAGCACAAAUUGCCUCGGCGCAGUUCUACUACCCCUACUACUACCCCUACUACUACCGUAAGGCAAUGCAGAUACGGGUGAACAACCCAAAUUACUAUGGUCAUCAAGGUGGUCAGGUAAACAACUGGGCGGCUGAUUUAGGUUAUGAUGUCAACAACGCCAACUACAUGGGAGAAGGAGGUGGUCAGGUGAACAACAUGGCCCGUAAAGCAUUUGCUUACCGCGUUAACAACCCCAACUACUAUGGUAACCGAGGUGGUCAGGUGAACAACUGGGCUGCUGAUUUAGGUUAUGAUGUCAACAACGCCAACUACAUGGGAGAAGGAGGUGGUCAGGUCAACAACAUGGCCCGCAAGGCUUUCUUCUACAGAGUAAACAACCCUAACUAUUACGGUCACAAUGGUGGUCAAGUCAACAACUGGGCAGCGGACCUUUCCUACGAUGUCAACAACGCUGAUUACUUCGGGUCUCGUGGUGGUCAAGUCAACAAAAUGGCACGUAAAGCAUUCGCUUACCGCGUUAACAACCCCAACUACUAUGGUAACCGAGGUGGUCAGGUGAACAACUGGGCUGCUGAUUUAGGUUAUGAUGUCAACAACGCCAACUACAUGGGAGGAGGAGGUGGUCAGGUCAACAACAUGGCCCGCAAGGCUUUCCUCUACAGAGUAAACAACCCUAACUAUUACGGUCACAAUGGUGGUCAAGUCAACAACUGGGCAGCGGACCUUUCAUACGAUGUCAACAACGCUGAUUACAUGGGUGCUAACGGUGGUCAGGUCAACAACAUGGCACGUAAAGCAUUUGCCAACCACGCUAAUGAUUUAGGUUAUGAUAUCAACAACGCCAACUAAAUGGGAGAAAAUGAUGGUUAGGUCAACAAUAUCGCUUGAAUGUUAUGAUAUUAUGUUAUAAUAUAUUAUGUAAACUCAUCGUUAAAUGAAUGAAUAGAGAUGCUUACAAAACAAAA